ACAAAGGACGUUCGUGAGAAAGCAGCACUCCCUUGGCAAGUCCUGCCAACCAGGCCAUUAUUGGCAUCUUAGCCAGUAUACUUUACUCACCUCGACCUCCCAUCUCAGCAAGACUAGACAAGGGUCAGAGCCCAGGUCCCUUUGGGGAUUAAAAAAAUCUGUCCUUUGACAGUCAAGAUGCAGCUGCGCUUGUGGUUCAUUUUAACUUCCCUUUGGGAAAAGAUGACUGCUCAGACUCUCUUCGUCAUUCUGGUUGUGCUUCUUUUGAUUGUUGAUCAUGUGAAAAAGAGACGUCCCAAGAAUUUUCCUCCUGGGCCACUACUUUUUCCUUUCGUUGGCACUGUGGUGGACUUUAAGCAACCCAUCCAUCUCGCUCUGCAGAAGCUUAUUGGCCGUUAUGGCAACAUUUUCAGUGUGCAGUUUGGAAAUCUGACAUUUGUGGUGGUCAACGGAUACCAACUAGUGAAGGAAGCUCUUGUCCAUCAAGCUGAAGUAUUUGCAGAUCGACCACAUAUACCACUUCUCCGUGAAAUUUUUAAAGGCCUAGGGCUGAUAUCAUCAAAUGGACAUAUCUGGAGGCAACAAAGAAAAUUUGUUUUAUCAGCUCUGAAAAGCAUUGGCGUAAGCUUUGAAGAACGAAUACAGGAAGAGAGCAGAUAUCUUACUGAAGCAAUAGAGGAAGAGAAGGGGCAACCAUUUGACCCUCAUUAUAAAAUUAAUAGCGCUGUUUCAAAUAUUAUCUGUUCCAUCACUUUUGGGGAGCGCUUUGAAUACCAUGACAGUCAAUUCCAAGAAUUACUGCAUUUGCUUGCUGAGACAUUACUCCUCAUAGGAAAUUUUUGGGGCCAGCUGUAUAAUGCUUUCCCCUGGCUAAUGAGGUGGGUCCCAGGGCCCCAUAAUAAAAUUUUCAAACAUUGGAAGAAACUUAAAUAUUUUGUGACUGGAGUGAUUGCAAAGCACAAGGAGGACUUGAAUUCAUCUGAAACCCGAGACUUCAUUGACUGUUAUCUGAAGGAAAUAGAAAAGUCUAAGGAUGAUUCCAUCUCUUAUUUCAAUGAGGAAAAUCUACUGUGUUCCACACUGGAUCUGUUUUUAACUGGGACCGAAACAUCUGCCACAACCAUACGCUGGGCUCUGCUCUACAUGGCAGUGUAUCCCAAAAUUCAAGAGAAAGUGCAAACAGAAAUUGACACAGUGAUUGGCCAGUCCCGGCAACCAAUGAUGGAUGACAAAGAGAAUAUGCCGUAUACGAACGCAGUCCUCAAUGAAGUACAAAGGAUGGGCAACGUAGUACCUAUAAAUGUGCCCAGAAUGGCAACCAGUGACACUACACUGGCAGGAUUCCAUUUGCCAAAAGGUACCACUUUGAUCCCCAGUUUGACAUCAAUAAUGUUCGACAAGAAUGUGUGGGAAACUCCUGACACAUUUAAUCCUGAGCAUUUCCUGGAAAAUGGCCAGUUUAGGAAGCGGGAAGCCUUUCUGCCUUUUUCUGCAGGAAAGCGGGUAUGCCCUGGAGAGCAGCUGGCUAGAACAGAGCUGUUCAUCUUCUUCACCACCCUUAUUCAGAAAUUCACAUUCCGAGCUCUGGAGAACGUGGAGUUAAACUUUGAAUUCACAAUAAGCCUCACACGCUGUCCAAAGCCGUUCCAGAUUUGUGCUGUUUCUCGCUGCUGAAGAUCAGGAAGAUUUUGUUGGUUUUGCUUCUCAUUAAACACCUGCUUUUCAUGCAGCAAAGCUCCCCUCCCUCCCCGUCCGCCCCAUUACUUUAGUUUUCUCUAUUAUCAUUUCCCCCCAAAUUAUUUUGUGCCAGGAGAUUCCUAGCAACCAGAUUAUGGGUUGUGGGACAUCUGGGCCCCUGAGGUUGCUCCGGGCAGCAGUAAUGGGUAUGUUACCUAGUGUACACUGCCCUUUGGUGGGAGUAGCCUGAUUCUCCCUGAGGUCUGCCAAGGAAUGGCUCUUACUUGAUGCCCCUUGUCUCAAAGUGACAAGACAAUGGGAACCACCACUUGAUACCAUUAUGGCAGUGAAAGCACUCAGACACAGCUGGGAGCCUGGGACAUGAAAGCAGCAGUUGGACUUGCCAGUGGUGGGAAAUAUGAUUCUUAAACAAUUGUGGAGGUGGAUGGAGUUCACAAGUAGCACUAGAACCCAGAUCUCCUAGAUUUCAGGUUGGGUCAGGGAUCUAGUCAAACCUUUGGCAGACUCUAGUCAGGGUUCCUGUAUUACAUUCCCAACCCUGCCACUGACGGGUAUGGUAGCCUCUGAUUUGGUGUAGCUGAAUUGAGAUGUCUCAUCUUGGUAAAGCACUUCAUUGGGUGACAUGGAGGGCAAGUCAGAAAGGUAACUGAAAAUGGGCACCCAAAAAUUGAGGCCAAAAUCAGAGGCCAGUUUUGAACAUUUUGGCCUUAUCCACUCUGGGCCUCUGUUAAUCACCUUGAGAAAUGGUUAUAUUACUAGCUAUUACUAGACUCACACAAAUGAUGUCUGGUUAGAUAAUAGGGCUUUUUUUUCCUGUUGACAUUCCAUAUUUUUUUGCAAAAAGUCAAAUAUCAAAAUAUUUUAGCCAAACCCAAAAAAUGUUGCUGGAAAGCAGUAACGUUUCAACUUGGUAAUGCUGCUGUGGUGUCUCAUGGGAGUUUUAGUUCAUGUAGCUCAUGCUCCCAUUCUCCUUUCUUGGCUGGACUCUCUGACUAAAAUACAUUUCUUAUGAUGUACCAUGGUUUCCCCUCUUGGAGGAAGAGGCGAUGCAUCAUGGAAGUCCCUAGUCAUGGUGGCUCAUGGGAAAUGUAGCCUGGCCCAUAAAGGAAAAUGGAAACAUGAGCCAGCCAAACUACAACUUCCACAAUGCACUGCAGAAGCAUAUCCAACUCUAAAUAUUUUGGUUUUCAGGAGGGUUUUUUUUUUAAAUGAAAAAUCAAAAAUUUCCAUGGAAAGCAGACACUUUCUGCAAAAAGUUCAGCUUAGUCAAACCCCCAAAUUUUCCAUAAAAAAAUGAAAUGCAAAAUUUUCAAUCAACCCAGUUGUGAAGCUUCAUUAACAAAUGCUUCCAAAGUGCGUGGGGAGUGCCAUAGACUCCCAAGCCAUUAUAUCCGUUAAAAAGUUAAUUAUAAUUAUAUCUGGUCAUUUGGGCAUUAUCCAAGGUUAUGAGUAUUUUACACUUAAAUUAUUUUUCAAAGUGUUAUUUUUGUGAGCCCACUUCAAAAAUCUGCUUCAUUUAAGUUCAGUCUUGGCAUGUCAGUCGUCCAUGAGGAAAUCGUGCCCCAAGGGUCGGUCCUGGGACCGGUUUUGUUUAAUAUCUUUAUUAAUGAUCUGGAGGAUGGUGUGGACUGUACUCUCAGCAAGUUUGCAGAUGACACUAAACUGGGAGGCGUGGUAGAUACGCUGGAGGGUAGGGAUCAGAUACAGAGGGACCUAGACAAAUUCUAUGAGUCUAUGAUUCUAUGUUGCAUUAGAGUUUUGUACUGAAUUAAUGAUUAUUCCUAAGCAAGGAUGGUUAUCCGUCUUUAAACACUGGAAAUGCAACAUUUCAUUUACUAUCUCAUCGCUGUAUGCAGAAUAAAUAUGAAAUUACAGUAUGGUAUAAACAUAAACUAUGCUUUGGCCAUAGUCACGAGGAUUAUAUGACAGCUGCACUCUUCCUGUGUGAUUGAAUUUCAUUGUAAAAAUGUAAUAUUGCAAUUGUCU